AUGGUGGAUCUCGUAUCUUGGUUGCAGUCCUCUCAAAAUAGCAACGGUCUCUCUGAUGGUAGGUUCACGAACGUCGAUGCGCUGGAACCGUCUUUCAAAAGCACCGUCUUUCUCGAUGUACUUACGGUACUCGGUCACAGUGGUGGCACCAAUGCAGUGGAAGUUACCUCUGGCCAAAGCUGGCUUCAGCAAGUUGGCAGCGUCCGACUUUCCGUCACCCAUCAACAUGUGGAUCUCAUCAAUGAAGAGGAUGAUCAUGGCCUGGGAAUUCUCGAUGUCGGUUAA